CCCGAUCCUUGCCAACUGUCAGUGGUGCGGCGGGCGGCUUCCAGUACUUCCGUCAUCGGAAGACGCUUCCUGGGCUGCACGUCACGAAACGUCUGAAGUCGACGAACACUCACAGUGUUUUGCCCAACUGUACUCAUUCCGUGUACGCUAUCUUCAAGAGAAGGUUGUGUAAGAGGGAGCGGCGCUGCAGCUGGUGGUUCCAUUGCCUCGGCGACAGUCAGCUGUUGUCGGGAGGAUUAGCAGCACAGCGCAGCUGGUGCUGCCACGACCAGUCAGCGGAAGCGGCGGACUCUGGUGGCAGCCCGCUUCACUUCGUCGUGUUUGGCUCCGUCAGCCGCGCAUGCUGCACCGCAGAGUUCAUUGCAGUUUAAGCCAUGGAAAAGGCGCCUUUAAGAGGCAAUGCGGCCAUACCAAUGAGUUUUCCCACUUCUUAUCAUGCGGUUGAUGACCAACAACAACUCGUAAACGGACAACAGUUUCGAUCUGCAUCAAUUAGUUCAGAUGAUGAGAUGAUUGACAUUACAACGACAGGAACUGUAACUGAACGCUCCAUUCAUCAAGAUGAAUUGGCAGCAUCACACUUAUCUGCGAUUAAAUACUCGGGUCAUCCAGAUGGUGCAGUCACGUUCGUGGAACCUCAAGUUGCAGGUGAUGCCGAUGACAUCCCAGGCAUCGGCCAGUAUGAUGAUUUCCACACGAUUGACUGGCAGCGAGACAUUGCACGUGACAGAAUGCGUCACCGGUACAUUGUGAAAAAGAAGCAAGAUUCAAUAUGUGACUUAAUAAAAGGAGCACAUGAUGCAUGGUCAGGUUGGGUCUGUGUGCUGCUUGUAGGUGUGUUUACAGGUGUGGUAGCCGGUGUGAUAGAUAUCGGAGCAAGCUGGAUGUCAGAUCUGAAAUACGGAAUUUGCCCCCAGGCAUUUUGGCUCAAUCGUGAACAGUGUUGUUGGUCAUCUAAUGAGACAACAUUUGAUAAUGGCAACUGCUCACAGUGGUGGACAUGGCCAGAAGUUUUCAGUCAGUCAAGAGAAGGGGUGGGCCCAUAUAUAAUUUCCUACCUUUUCUACAUUGUGUGGGCUCUCAUUUUUGCUGCACUUGCUGCAUCUUUGGUACGGAUGUUUGCCCCUUACGCCUGUGGCUCAGGUAUACCAGAGAUAAAAACAAUUCUGAGUGGGUUUAUCAUUAGAGGAUACUUAGGAAAGUGGACAUUGAUAAUAAAGUCUGUAGGUAUAAUGCUUGCUGUAUCGGCAGGCCUUAGCUUGGGAAAAGAAGGUCCUAUGGUGCAUAUUGCCUGCUGUAUAGGUAAUAUAUUCUCUUACCUUUUUCCAAAAUAUGGAAAAAAUGAAGCUAAGAAAAGAGAAAUACUGUCGGCAGCAGCAGCUGCUGGUGUGUCUGUUGCCUUUGGAGCUCCAAUUGGAGGGGUCCUAUUCAGUUUAGAAGAGGUCAGUUACUACUUUCCACUCAAGACACUGUGGAGAUCAUUCUUCUGUGCUCUUGUGGCAGCGUUUGUGCUGCGCUCCAUAAACCCUUUUGGAAAUGAGCACUCUGUGCUGUUUUUCGUGGAGUACAAUAAACCUUGGAUAUUUUUUGAGCUGGUUCCUUUUAUUGGACUUGGGAUAAUAGGAGGUGUAAUAGCUACAAUAUUCAUAAAAGCGAAUCUAUAUUGGUGCCGCUAUCGCAAAGUUUCAAAGUUGGGUCAAUAUCCUGUUACUGAGGUACUGGUUGUUGCAGUGAUCACAGCAGUUAUUGCGUACCCUAACCCAUAUACACGGAUGAAUACAAGUCAGUUAAUUUAUUUGCUGUUCAGCCAGUGUGGUGUUUCAAAUUCUGACAACUUGUGUGAUUACAACCGCAAUUUCACUGAUGUUACUUCAGCCAUUGAAAAGGCAGCCGCAGGACCAGGUGUCUACAAAGCAAUAUGGCUGCUAGUGCUGGCUUUGAUCUUCAAGCUGAUUGCAACAAUCUUCACAUUUGGCUUCAAAGCUCCAUGCGGUUUGUUCAUUCCCAGCUUGUGUCUUGGAGCAAUUAUGGGCAGGAUAGUAGGUGUUGGUGUGGAACAGUUAGCGUAUCAUUAUCCACAUGUGUGGAUGUUCAGUGGAGAAUGUUCCACAGGAGAUGAUUGCAUUACUCCUGGGCUCUAUGCUAUGGUGGGAGCAGCUGCUGUUUUAGGCGGAGUGACACGAAUGACAGUAUCUCUUGUGGUAAUAAUGUUUGAACUGACUGGUGGAGUACGCUACAUUGUACCUCUUAUGGCAGCUGCUAUGGCCAGCAAGUGGGUUGGUGAUGCAUUAGGCCGGCAGGGCAUAUACGAUGCCCACAUAGAGCUAAACGGCUACCCAUUUCUGGACAGCAAAGAAGAAUUUGCACACACAUCAUUAGCGGCAGAUGUAAUGCAACCAAAGCGAAAUGAAACACUGAGUGUCUUAACUCAGGAUUCUAUGACUGUAGAAGAUGUUGAAAGUCUUCUCAGAGAAACAGAACACAAUGGUUUCCCUGUAGUCGUAUCAAGAGAAUCACAGUACUUGGUAGGAUUUGUGCUAAGGAGGGAUCUUAACCUUGCCAUUUCAAAUGCUAAAAGAACUCAAGAAGGCAUUUGUGCUCAGUCUCUUGUACUGUUUACAAGUCAGACUCCAGUCCAGACAACGGGGCCUCCACCAUUGAAGCUGAAGAAGAUACUUGAUAUGGCACCAAUCACCAUUACGGAUCAGACUCCGAUGGAGACUGUUGUUGACAUGUUCCGCAAACUCGGAUUGAGACAGACGCUUGUCACACACAAUGGACGGUUGCUUGGUGUCAUCACAAAGAAGGAUGUACUGAGGCAUCUAAAACAAAUGGAUAAUGAAGACCCUAGCUCAGUGUUAUUUAAUUAGUUCAUUUUUAUAAGGAAAGGGAGACUAUGUUGUUAACAUACCAAUUUCAGAACCUCAGAAUAGUGAUGUGUUACUACCUAUUUUACAGGUAGGCAGCUAUGUGAUGUAAGUUAAUUUAUUUUAACUUUGUGAUGGGACUUACGAAAGAAGCAUAUACACUUAUCCAUUAUUUUAUACACACACACUGUGGCUUUUUGUUGCUUGUGAACUUAUUGUGUUAACCUUUUAUUGUGAUUUUUUUUCACGUUAAUGUACCAGUCUGCAGAUUUUUUAGAUGUGAAGUAUUUUCCUUAUGUCUGGAUUGUAGAUAAGAAACAAUGUGGCAGCUGGACAUUUAAUGCCAUUGUAAAAGUAUUUACAGUCUAAUAUUUUUUCAAGAAACAUUUAUAUGUAAGGUAUUACUUCGCUUCUGUAAAUAUUGUAUACUACAAUUUUGCAUUGAAAUAUUACAUGUACUCAACACAUUUUGUGCUGCCAGUGAAGUGUAGAUAUUUUGUAACAUCAGGCAAAAACUGUAUGUUUUUUAAAAAGUGAACCUUAAGCAUUUCACAGUGUAUUGAAUGGGCCUUCAGUAAAUCUGUUUACACAAUAUUAUUCUCCGCAUCAGUGAAAGACUAUUUCUCGAGUCUCAGUGCUAUAAUUUUUAAUAAGUCAUUUUAACAUUUAUUAUUUUAAAAUAUAGAUUAAGAUUCAUUGAGAAAUUAUUUUUUUAUUAGUGUUACUUAAAUGCUACAAAUCAAGGAACAUUUUAAACUCUUAUUGUCACAAGAGUGAGUUACGUCAAGCUGUUGUUGUAUUGAUAUAAAUGAGUAUAUCAGUCAAUCAUCAUAUUUGUUAUGAAAAGUAAUAAUGUAUAUAAUUUAGCUGUAACUCUAUGCAUGCAAUUCUGUGGAAAGAUAGCUGAACUUGGAUAAUGAAUUUUUUGAAAAACUUACAGUUGUUUUAAGCCUGUCAGUCAAUGAAUGUGGAACUAGUCAAAAUUUCACUAACUGUUCUGUAAGGAUUGUAUUUCCAGCAAUAUACUUUGUUGAAAUUUUUAAAUCUUGUUUAUAACUUUUCUUAUUCAGUUAUUAUUAAAACAAAAGGAGAAACAUAAA